CUGCUGCCUGCUCCAGCCACCGGUACAGAGCGAGCCGGGAGCAUGGGGCAGGUGGCUUGGAAGGGUUUAUUUCUAUCGCUUUUUGAUUAUAAAACAGAGAAAUACGUCAUUGCGAAGAACAAGAAGGUGGGGAUUCUCUAUCGAGUGGUGCAGCUCUCCAUCCUGGCUUACCUGGUGGGGUGGGUGUUUGUUGUCAAGAAAGGCUAUCAGGACACAGACACAUCCCUCCAGAGCUCUGUCAUCACCAAGCUGAAAGGGGUAGCCUUCACCAACACCUCGGAGCUGGGCGAGAGGCUGUGGGAUGUUGCAGACUACGUCAUCCCUCCGCAGGGUGAAAGCGUCUUCUUUGUCAUGACGAAUCUGAUUGUGACCCCAAAUCAGAGGCAAGCCACGUGUCCUGAGAGUGUCAGCAUUCCCGAUGGCCUGUGUUACAAGGACGGGGACUGCCCGGCAGGGGAAGCAGUGGUCGCUGGCAAUGGGGUUAAGACUGGCCAUUGUUUGAAAGACAGAGACAGCAUCAGAGGGACUUGUGAGAUACUGGCCUGGUGCCCAGUGGAGAAAAGAUCCAAGCCCAAGAAACCACUUCUCGCCAGUGCAGAAAACUUCACUGUUUACAUCAAGAACUCAAUCCGCUUCCCCAAGUUUAAGUUCUCCAAGAUGAAUGUGCUGCCAACUGACAAUGAGUCCUACCUGAAGAGCUGCCGCUAUAGCACGGAGCAUCCCUACUGCCCCAUCUUCCUCCUGGGGGACAUUGUCCGGUGGGCUGGGAGCGACUUCCAGGAAAUGGCCUUGGAGGGUGGUGUGAUAGGAAUUCAGAUUGAAUGGAACUGUGAUCUUGAUAAAGCCCCUUCUGAAUGUAAUCCUCACUAUUCUUUUAGCCGGCUGGAUAACAAUUUUGCAGAAAAGUCCAUCUCUUCUGGGUACAACUUCAGGUUUGCCAAAUAUUACCGGGAUGCUGAGGGGGUCGACUACCGGACGCUCAUUAAAGCGUACGGAAUCCGCUUUGAUGUGAUGGUGAAUGGCAAGGCAGGGAAAUUUAACAUCAUUCCCACCAUUAUCAAUAUCGGUUCAGGGCUUGCUCUCAUGGGAGCGGGAGCUUUCUUUUGUGACCUGGUGCUGCUGUAUCUGAUUAAAAAGAGUAACUUUUAUCGAGGCAAAAAGUAUGAGGAAGUAAAGUCCAGUUCCAGGAAAUCGUUAUCUAGCCCUACACUGAAUGGGAAUCAGAGCCCUGACCAGCUCGGUGGGCUCUAG